CUUCCUGUCUGUAAAUGAAAGUGAAAGCGAUUUAAAACUGGAAUCGCCAUUUUGUCAAGAAACACAAACGUGAUUCUGAAAAAAAUAAAAAGAUAUUUUUAUUGCCCGACCAAGCAGACCCCAGUGGACUCAUCAAAGUUCCAUUAUUACCAACUGGGUUACGCACAUCCCCCAACAGGUGGCCAAGAGUUGGACUGCAAUAUAUGGGAACUGGUUCUUUACAACCCUGAUCGUCUAAGCGAUGGCUCACUAUUCCAAUGAGGUUUGGAUGUAACGUUUUAGCAUAUGAUGCAUGUUGUUAAGGCCGUAAAUACUAGACACUGAAAGACAGGAAAGCUUAAGUUCAUAACAUGAACAACUAUUUUUAGCUGAAUAUAGCAGACAAAAAGCUGUCUCUCCACAGUGCUCUUCCUCAGGCUACUUCCUUACCAUACCGUUGGUAUGGUUGAUAUUUUGUUUCUGACCUCAUUGUUUCAAUGUGCUAGUGUUGGGACUUAAAGUAUUUUUAUUGCUAUUUAAAUUGGACAGGCCUGUCUUAUAAAAGAGAUUUUGAACAUCAGUGGACUAACCUGGUUAAAUAGAGGCUUAAUAAUAAUGCAGAAAAUAAACACACAUGUGCUUCUCAUAGUAAUGAAAAAAUCAUAGCAGGUGUCUCCAGCAGCAAAAUAUGACUGUGAGGAAGAAACCUGCCUUCUGUUAACACAAAGGUCAUGUGACCAUGUACGAGUUUGUGAGGUCUCAUGGACAUUCUGCAGACCCAGACCUCGCCCGCCGACCUCUUGCUUGAUUAUCUGAAGGAGCUCAGUGAUGAUGAGCUGAAGGAGUUUAAAUGGAAACUGAGUCACACAAAGUUAAAGCCCCUUCCCAGGGGUCAGGUGAAGGACUUGGAUAGAACAGACCUCGCCGACAAGAUGAUAAGUUCCUACAGUGAAUGUGAUGCUCUCAAUGUCAUGCUUGAAAUUCUGAAGAAUAUGAACAUGAAUGAUCUUGCUCAGAGACUGAAUGAAAACCUGCAGGAGGGUAAUCAUAUUUUAACCAUGUUUUUUUUAUCUAAAUUGUAACCUUUUUAAUCUCUCGAAAAAUUUACAUAUCGUAUAGCACUACAUGGGUAAUGUUGAUGUUUGUUAGAUACUGAUGCUGAAGACAGAAAUAAAUUUGAAAUUCUUCCUUAUUUCAGGUCCCCAAGCAGGAAGUGAGCUGGGUGACAUGUUGAAGCAGAGAUAAGAAAGAACCACUCAUGCUCACCUGAGAACUGCCUGUGGUAUAAAAGUGAUUGAAAUGUCUGGCACCAGUCACCAAACACAGAUUAUGAAGCUAGACUGUGUUGGACUGCAUAACAGAACAGAACUGAGAAAAGGUCUGGAAGUUCGGAAAAUGGGAGGCAGCAGCAGUACUGAAAGAGUGGAGACAGAGGUGAAGGAGGAUAGGAAUCCAUCACUCCUUAAAGAACCAUGGAGGAGUGUUGUGUGGGACCAUAGGUGUGAAGCUUGUUUAACCAAAUAUAAUCAUUUUUUGUUACUAGUAUCACAUAAUUUUAUGUAUAUAUUUUUAAAAUACGCAUGAGUACAAUAACCCUCUCUGCCCAUGAUCUAAAGGUCUCUGGUUCAGAUUCUAUGGUGGGCAGAGUGAUAUCACCUUUGGGCGGUUUGAGCAAGGUCCUUAACCUUAAUUGCUUCAGGGACUGACUGACCCUGCUUUCUCAAUUGUACAUCACUUUGGACAAAAGCAUCUGCCAACUAAAUGUAAAUGAAUAAACACAUCCUAAUAAGAAUGUGAGAUAUUUCAUUAUGUAGUUUCAGCAGCAGACGGCUAAUGUCAUGUAAAGGAAGCUAUUGCAAUAUGUUAUUAGAUAUGGGAUUAUUUGUAUUCCUUAUCAAUUUUGACUAUUUCCCAUUUCCAUUCCUUUAGCACACGGACUAAUCUCAAGCAAUACCUGCAUGAUUACAAGCCCACUGUUGAUUCAGUGCCUCGGGCUCGGAUUCUUUUAGUUGGUGCGGUUGGUGCUGGAAAAUCGAGCUUCUUCAACUCCAUCAAUUCUGUUUGCCGUGGCAACAUGACAAGCCAAGCUAAAGCAGGAAGCGAUGCAACCUGCAUGACCAUGCAGUAUCGCACUUACACUGUGAGGGCGGGUCGAGGUGGACGGCCUCUGGCAUUCCUACUGUGUGACACCAUGGGACUGGAAAUGUCACUUAAUAGCGGGGUGAAUAUUGAAGAUAUUGUGAGCAUCCUGAAGGGCUACAUACCAGACAAGUACCAGUUCAACCCUGUGUCGCCAAUGGAUACUGAUGACUGUCAGACGGGCAGCCGAUUGCCACUUCAGGACAGGAUCCACUGUGUGGUGUAUGUCAUAGAUGUCACUCAUUUUCAAUAUAUGCCUGAUGAAAUUAAGAAGAAACUUCAUGAAAUCAAAAGGAGAACUGACUUUCAUGAUGUCCCUGUACUGGUGCUAUUGACCAAAGUGGACAAUGCAUGCCCACACGUGCAAAGGGACUUAAGGAAUGUGUACCGCAGCUGCAUCAUAAAGGGACUGAUCAAAAAAGCGAGUGAAUGUCUGAGCGUCCCAGUGUUAAGUGUGCUUCCUGUGAAGAAUUACACCUACGAGACUGAGCUGAAUGACUCCUGUGACAUCCUGCUCCUCAGCGCCAUGAAGCAGAUGCUCAACUUUGCUGACAAUUACUUAGACAGCUGUGAGGAAAACACAGAGUAGAUGAGUUUAUCAUAUUUGGGGGCAAUGCCAUUGCCUCACUCUGUCCAUGUUCAUGUGUUCUACUCCACACAUUAGAUCCCUGUAAACCUGCACAAGCCUUUUCAUAACCUGGACUUAGCUAUGAAUAAGGCAUGCUUACAUGCAAUUAGGCAUAUAAUUUAGUCAAGUAUACACUGUAACCCUACAUUGGAUUUGAUGCUAAGGUAAUAAAAAUGACCUGAUGAUUUCACAAUG